UCGGGGGAAGACAGACUGCACCAUCGACAAGCCCAUUUUCAGGCAGAACGCCACGGCCAUCUUUGUGGUUUCGUACGGGAUCGACACCAAAAGCCAACUGGACAGCAGGAUUUUUGUCACAGCUAAUGCAACAAGCGGCAACGAGCGCCACUCGGCUUCGAGCCAACUGCACAAGUUCUCUCCACUACAUCAACUUCACCUACGGGAAAAACGACGUGCAGAAAUCACUGCGACAAUCCGUUCUAGUUUCCAAUAACAUCCGAGCCUUGAACGUCACGGUGGUGAUCAGGGUGCCCGUGAAGCUCGGUGAAAAGGACAUCUGGGCCAAUCUGAGCACUUUGGAGAUUCCAGACUGUCAGUGGAGCGGCCAUGAAAAAGCCAAGGCCGUAGAUUUUGUCGGUCAGCUGCAAAAAAACAAGAGAGUGGACUGCUCGGUGGCCACGUGCAGGGUGUUCAAGUGCAACAGAUUCAUGGGAAGGUUGGAGGACAAGCGCUACACGAUAUCUGCCAACAUGAGCGCAGCGUGGAUCCAGCAGAUUGGACUCGACAAGGCCAAGUUCAUCCUGACCAGCACGGCCAGUCUGGAAUACGACAAGAACCAGUACAUCUUCUUUUCCACGUCAUCUGCUAACAAACCUCCCGUGCGCAAGAUUGAAACAGAGGUAGAAGUGUAUCCCCAACCAGAUUUUACCAAAGAGAUAGUCGGGGGUUCCUUGGGGGGGCUGGCUAUACUGGUGAUACUCUCAGCUGUCCUUUAUAAGGUCGGGUUUUUCAAAAGUAAAUACAAGGACAUGAUGAACGAUACGGACGACGCAGCGCAUGACGAGGCCACGCUCACGCAGGAAUGAAAAAUCCGUCAAUCAAUAAAAAGUCUUUCGGUGAUGCCCGUAUGACACCUUUGAUAGAAUUUCAUGACAACAGGAAACAAAAAGUGACAUUUUUGCACAAAUAUUUUGUCGCAGCUUAAACACCGGCUGCAUUCGUACGGACAUCAAGAACAGACGUGCAAGCGACAUCUUGAAAAUAUGUUUGUUUUCCCCAUAUCUGAAGUAUUUUAUUGUUCCGAUUAAAAUGUA